UGCUCCCCAUCCCGCGGCAACCUGGAGGAGAGACAGCGCAACUACAUCCCUGCCCCUGCCUCCUCCUCACAGCGUUGGUCGCCAUCCAUCCUCUCUCCUCCUCCUGUACCAUAACAGAUGGUGGGAACAACAUUUCAGGCGCCGGGCACCACGACAAUAGACCGCAGCAUCCCGUCCACCCCGCUCCGGCCUUGCAGCAUCAUGCUCCCAGUGCAGGACUGCAGGAAGAUCUGAGUGCCGUCGUGAAUUUGUUUCACGCCGGUACCAGCAAAACCACCACCGCCACGGAGGAACCUUCUCGCCACUGUUUGGGCUCUCCACCGAGCAAAGGAAGAUGGCCGCUAUGAAAAUAUUAACCAGCGCAGGGCUUUUCUUGGCUUUCUGCGCGCUGGGUCUCCUCGCCAUGGCGAUCUGCACCGACUACUGGUACGAGACCGACGCCAGGAGACACCGGGAGAGGUGCAAAAACUAUGCCAACAAGCGAAACGAUCCCGGUUACAUCUACAUUUCAAACCACAACCUCCCCCUCCAGAUGCCUCCAAAGCGCGGCCCAGAUGCUGCUCCUCUCGUCAGGGGGAAGCGGCACUUUCUGCCCGCGGCUUCUGCCAUGGAGUCUCACUGCAACCGACAGUUCAACUCUACCGUCUCCGGGCUUUGGAGGAAGUGUCACCGGGAAGGGUUCGACCUGGAGACCGAGGACCUUAUCUACAAAGGAAUAAUUCAAAGAUGCACCCCAGUCAAGUAUCACUACUCCUCGUCCAUCCUUCCCAGGAAUCUACCCAUCAACAUCACAAAGACCAUACGGCAGGACGAGUGGCAUGCUCUCCACCUAAGAAGAAUGACGGCCGGUUUUGUGGGCAUGGCCGUGUCCAUCAUUCUUUUCGGCUGGAUCAUUGGGGUGCUGGGAUGCUGCCAGCAGCAUGACCUCAUGCAAUAUGUAGCUGGCCUACUCUUUCUCAUGGGAGGAACAUGUUGCAUCAUCUCUUUGUGCACAUGUGUGGCUGGAAUCAACUUUGAGUUGUCCCGCUACCCACGCUACAUGUAUGGCCUCCCUGAAGACAUUAGCCAUGGCUAUGGUUGGUCCAUGUUUUGUGCCUGGGGGGGCCUCGGCCUCACAUUGCUGGCUGGCUUCCUCUGCACCCUGGCUCCCUCCCUGAGCACGCCCGCUCGCACGACGGCCCACAAACCGAGGCAGGAGAACGGAACCGUGUGACAGGAGGCGUUGCAUAGAGACCGACCCACCAAACGCACAAAGCACACCUUUCCAUGUCUAACUCUGAAACAGUUUUAGUGUAGUCACUGUAUCACAACACCCUCAACGUGGCCAUAUCCUUUCAGUGUACAGUGUGCCUGAUCUGUGACGAAAAGCAGCGACAUAAAGACAAACUUCACACAUCAAGCCCCUCGAUGAACCUUCAGGAACAUGAAGAACAACUUGUACAGCAGCUCAUGAGUGGGGAACGGCUUCAAAGGCCUUUUCUUUUUCUUUUUCUUUUGUUGUUGUCUGUUUUGAUUUCUGAGAUACUGAUGUUCUGGCUCUUUAAAGGGAACAGAUAUCUCUGACUAGAAUUAUUCUGAAAAUGGUGCUCUUUGAAACAAAUAAAGCCACUCACGCUCCUACAAGGGAAACACGCACGCAAACACAUAUCAUCUCAGUUCCUCUAGAGAGAUCUUGAGAGAAAUUCUCCAAAAAAAUCGAUCAACAAAUCAGUCCAGAACAUCCUGCCAGAACUCUGAUCUGUGUCAUCGUUCGUAAUGGGAAGAAAAAAAAAAAGCACUGACAAUGGCGUUUUGUUGCUCGCAUUUAGCACAAAAACAGAUGUGAAAAAAAUGUGUCUGUUGUAUAAGGUUCGACCUUGUAAAAAAAAAAAAAAAAAGAUAACUGUGUGAUCAGUACGAUAAAACUCACACACACACAAAGAUUUGGGUCCAAAACUAAAUAGAAAAAUGCACUUCUAUAUAGAGCCAGAUGUUUUUGUAAAAUAGAGAUUCGUUUUUUUUUUUUUUUUUUUUUUUACAUUUUACUUGAUCUCUCCUCAAGAUAAAUGAGGCUGAGAACUUGCAGAUGACUUACGAACCCAGAAACCUGAACAAUAUAAAAUGUUUUGCUCGAAAGUUAAAAGUAAGUUUGAAAAAAAAAAAGAGCCUAAAAACACUUCAGCUACUGAGCUCUGACUGUUGAUGUUACCGCUCACGCAGGCCCAGUUGCUUGGUGACAGCUUAAUAAUAACCUGACAAAAAGAAACUUGUGAAACCAAACUAUGAGCUCAAGUACAUUGUUUAGUUUUAAUCUUAAGGUCAGACAGCAUUCUCUUUUGCGAACACCGAACUCGUGCACAUUAAGCUGUUUCCUAAAACAAGAAUGGUGGGCAUCGGUGCAGCGCCAGGCUCAAGAUUUCUUAUCCUACUUAAAAUGAUACUGUACCUACAAACAAUGUAAGAAGGGAAACAUAUCCUCAUAUCAUCUGCAACACAGAAAACACGCAGGAAAUGGGCAGUGGUCCCAAUCAUACAUAUGUACUGCACCCUUUGCAAUUAUUGACCCUACUUGUAAAGAUUUGUAAAAGUCUUAGAAUAAAAAUUUUAUCGUAGCACUGAAUAUUUUAGAAAAAAUAAUUAACCUUUAUUUGUGUAUUUUUAUUUAGCAGGAGGGGGCAUCCCAUGCUGAGAAAUAAUCCUGUUUUCUCUCCUUUUAUUUUACAACUGCGAAGGACUUACUGGUACCCCUAACAAGUUUUUAUAAAACUUAUGGUUUUCUUAUCUAAUUUCUUUUCAUUUGUUUGAUCUGAGUGUUUUGGGAAUCGAGCUGCACAGCUAGAACUGUUGCCUUGCUGCAAGUAGUAGUCCUGGGAUCAACUACAAGCCAUGGUCUUUCUCCAUAGACUUAGCGAGUUCUUCUUGUGCACACAUAGGUUUUCUAAAGGUACUCCAUCUUCCUCCCAAUCUCUGAAAAUAUGCAUAAUAGGCUAACUUGCUUUGCUAAGAAACCGAUUGAUCCAACGGACAAAUAAAGAUAAAAUGCAGACAUUGGAUGGUUUUAGAACUAGUUAGUAAACUGUUCAUGUUUAGCAGGGGUAUAAACAUGAUGUGACACUGAAGGCCAUUUCAUUUAGCCACCAGCCAUUAGGAUGGACAAGCAGCCCAGCUUAUUUUGCCACCUUAGUGGGGAGGGUGGUAAAUGAUGUCACUGUUUGAGAUUGGCAUUUCAUGCUUACCUCAGAGUGAUGCUAGAAAAAAAAAAGAUUUUCUCUUCAACCAAAACAUAUGUAAACAUGUGAAGUUUGCAACACGGUACCUGGGCUUUACCUGGAACUGUGUUCUUUGGACGAAUGAGACCAAGAUCGAGCUUUUCAGCUACACUCCAGGGGUGUCUGGCAUGAAGCAAAGGAAGUAUGUGGAAAACCCCCUCAUGUCCUCUGUUCGGCAUGAUGAAACUGUGGGCCUGUUUCCCUUGCAAAGGCUCUUGAGUGAACGGGAUGAGGAACUCUUUGAAACUCCAGAAAAAGUCCUGUCUUUCAGAAGGAUAACGGUUCAAAACGUGGCAGAAUCAAGACACAGAAGAUGCCCCCGACAUAAAAACGUUGGGCUGUGGCUUCUUCCACCAUAAAGGCUGUGGCUCAGCAGUUGUCUUACAAUCAUAAGGUUGUGGGUUUAAGUCCAGCUUCUCCUUGUCAAGUGUUGAUUUGCCCCUGGGCAAGGCAUUUUAUCCCAAGUUGCCAACCAAUCUGUAUAUUGGUGUUUGACCAUCUGAGUGUGACUGGGAGAAUGUGGCUGUUUGAGCGCCCAGCAACUAGAAAAUUGCUACAUUUACCAUCUCAGUCCCCAGGCCUAAUUCCUAUAGAAAACCUGUGGUGGGGUAAAGAGGAGCAGUUCUACCAAUAAUGCCAAUAAUUGUGCCACUGAUGAUUUUGUACAAAACCAAACAAAAAAUAGAUUUCUUAGCAUGGGUUUUUCCUCCUGCUGAAAAAUGGUGGGUUUAUUUUAAAACUGAUUUAGAUGUACUUUAUACUUCUUUACCAGAGGUGCCAAAAAGUGUGGAGGGCGUCGUACAUUAGACAUAGAGCAGCUGUUCUUUUUAAAAAAAACUUCUUUUUUUAUCAUUUAAAUAUUAACAUUUGUGAAAAUGCACAAAAAAACAGAAAUGAAGCGGUUAUUCCGUGUCACAUUUAAGACUGAGGUGAGGGGUACCUAUAUCUGACAGUCUCACAGAUCCCUUCUCAAGCUGUAAAAUAUAUUUUCUAUUAAGAAAAUAAAAAUUUUAAUGUGUACUAACUUUUAAAAUGUGAAACCUGCAAGAGAUACGGGAAAUAUUUUAUCGCCCAUGUUUUUUUUUUAUUAUUAUUUGUUGUGUGAACUUUUAGAAUCUGAUAUUCUUUAAAACAAAAAGCACAGACAGUAUAAACUGCACACAGCUACUUGGUUUAAAAACUUCGCUGGGAAGCACAGCAUCCGUACCUAAUGGCUUGUGUUAUUGGAAACAAUAGUUAUGGAGUAGAAAAUGUCUCUUUUCUUAUGGCAUUUCUGCAAACAACAAAAUGGGAACAGAAGGUGUUUUAAACUCUUGGGGUGUUGCUCAUUUAAAUUGGCAAUGAGGGUAAAGCUUCUUAACAGCUCAUGUGUUACAAAACUGUGUAUUUGUGUAUUAUAUGAUUAAAUAUUGUGAAUAGCUCUGAAAGUCAUGUCGAGCCAAAAUGAUUUAAAAUUCUGUUUAACUGAAAAAGAGACAUAUUUUUUAUUUCCCCCAGUGAUCGUUUCAGGUAUUAGGAACUAACAGAAAACUAUCUCUGUAAGAGUUUAUUACUGUUUCUCACUGACUAGAACAAAUUCAUUAAAGAAAAAAAAUAUAAUGACAUUCAUCGUUGGUUCAUGAUACAAGUAUAAAUGUCAGGUGUUCAUUGCCUGGUAUCAGUCUUGAUCAUCCUUCUGUCAGCUAUGUCAAAAUACUCAUAUAAAAAAAAUAAGGUGUCAUAGUGUGUUAACAGCACUUUAUGUGAUGUUCAGUCCUUCCAGUAUUGCCAUUAACGAGAAAAUUAGCUAACGCAUGACUGAAACUUGUACCGUCAGUGUGUGGUGAGAUCUUUGCACUUUGCUGCAUCAUGUAAAGGUCAGCGAGCCUGGAGUGUGAGGCGGAUGUGCUUUUUAUUUCUAAGGUUUACACGGGAGAUCAGAGCAUGUAGGGAGCGUCCUCCCAUGGUGUGUGUUCAGGGUUCAGGCUCCUAUAUAUAAGAAAACUCUGACUAUGACAUGUGAAGACUUUUGUGUGUGAUUGCUACAAAGAAAAUUAACAGAACACAAUGCAA